AACAGGGAAGAGAGAAUCUGGUGUGGUUUGAGCUGUGGCAUAGCUGUCCCUUGGAUGAAUUAUUUUUGAGACGUUAUCUGCUCAUAAAAAAGAGGCAGUGAGUUCAAAAAUCCCUGGGACAAACCCUUUUCUGGCACCCUCUUCCUCUCUUCUGCCUCAUGUGAGAUGAAGAAGAAACAAGGACACUCCUUUAAUCUCAGACUCCUCCUCGUUGGCUUCUUUCUGGCCACAUGUGCCAAUGCCUCCCCUCACACGCCAACUCAAUCGCGCCAUCUUCUGUACUACAGAGACGAGUUUGGAGACAGAGGGGAGAAUGUCACCGUAGACCCUUCCCUUGCUUUCCAAAAUGACCGUCUCAGAAACGCUUACAUAGCUCUGCAAGCUUGGAAGCUCGCCAUUUUAUCUGAUCCCCGCAACCAGACAACCGACUGGGUAGGAUCCGACGUUUGUAGCUACACCGGUGUAUACUGUGCACAAGCGCUCGACAACCCCUCCGUCCGUACAGUCGCCGGCAUUGAUCUCAACCAUCAGGACAUUGCCGGCUAUUUACCGGAGGAGCUCGGUUUGCUCGUAGAUCUUGCACUAUUCCACAUCAACUCCAACAGAUUCUGCGGCACUGUGCCCCACACGUUCCGGAAGUUGGUACUCCUCUACGAGCUGGAUCUCAGUAACAACCGCUUUGCGGGGAGGUUCCCCGAGGUGGUUCUGCGCCUUCCUUCGCUCAAGUUCUUGGAUCUUAGGUUCAACGAAUUCGAAGGAGCUGUGCCCCGGGAAUUGUUCGACAAAGAUCUCGACGCCAUUUUCAUCAACGACAAUCGUUUCGUGUUUGACCUUCCAGACAACUUCGGCAACUCCCCCGUCUCCGUCAUCGUCCUCGCCAACAACAGAUUCCACGGCUGCAUUCCCCACAGCCUCGGCAACAUGUCCAACCUCAACGAGAUCAUUCUCAUGAACAACGCAUUCCGAUCCUGCUUGCCCUCCGAGAUAGGCUUGUUGAAGAAUCUCACGGUGUUCGACGUCAGCUUUAACCAACUUCUCGGCCCCUUACCAAGCGCCGUUGGAAAUGCCGUCAGCUUGGAGCAGCUCAACGUGGCCCACAACUUACUCUCCGGUCAAAUUCCUCCCAGUAUAUGUAUGUUGCCUCACCUUCUCAACUUCACUUACUCCUUUAACUUCUUCACCGGCGAGCCUCCUGCCUGUCUCGCCUUGCCGGCGUUUGACGAUAGGAUCAACUGCUUGCCGGCGAGGCCCGUUCAGAGGCCUCCGGCGCAAUGUCAGGCUUUCUUGUCUAAGCCUGUGGACUGUAACUCCUUUAACUGCAAGCCAUUUGUUCCUUCACCUCUUUCCCCCACAACACCUGCAACUCCUUCACCACCAUCUCCUGGGACACCUUCUCCUCCAUCACCUGGGACACCUUCACCAGUAACUCCUUCGCCUCCAUCACCAGGGACACCUUCACCUGUAACUCCUUCACCACCAUCUUCUGGGACACCACCUGUAACUCCUUCGCCUCCAUCACCUGGGACACCUUCACCAGGAACUCCUUCACCACCAUCUUCUGGGACACCACCUGUAACUCCUUCGCCUCCAUCACCUGGGACACCUUCACCAGGAACUCCUUCGCCUCCAUCACCUGGGACACCUUUCCCUGUCACUCCUUCGCCCCCAUCCCCUGGGUCACCCUCACCUGUAACUCCUUCGCCUCCAUCACCUGGGACACCUUCACCAGUAACUCCUUCGCCUCCAUCACCAGGGACACCUUCACCUGUAACUCCUUCACCACCAUCUUCUGGGACACCACCUGUAACUCCUUCGCCUCCAUCACCUGGGACACCUUCACCAGGAACUCCUUCGCCUCCAUCACCUGGGACACCUUCACCAGUAACUCCUUCGCCUCCAUCACCAGGGACACCUUCACCUGUAACUCCUUCACCACCAUCUUCUGGGACACCACCUGUAACUCCUUCGCCUCCAUCACCUGGGACACCUUCACCAGGAACUCCUUCGCCUCCAUCACCUGGGACACCUUUACCUGUAACUCCUUCGCCACCAUCUCCUGGGUCACCCUCACCUGUAACUCCUUCGCCUCCAUCACCUGGGACACCUUCACCCGUAAAUCCUUCGCCGUUACCUUCACCUACAACACCUUCGCCUCCUUCGCCUGCCGCACCUUCCCCAUUACCUUCACCUACGACACCUUCACCACUACCUACACCUCCUUCGGAACCACCGGUGGUGGGACAUUCCCCUCCACCCCGGCCAGUGGCACCUUCUCCACUACCACCAAUUCACACUCCUCCUUCACCGGUGUAUUUGCCACCACCACAUUCUUCCCCUGCUCCACCUGGCUACUCUUCACAACCUCCUCCACCUUCGCAAUUGCCGCCUCCAUCAUACACUCCGCCUUCUCCAGUGACACCUUUUCCUACUCCAACGCCACCAAAUGGUGUCCACUCUCCACCGCCACCGGCUCCUACAUUCUCGACACCACCACCUUCACAUAAUUAUGGCUCAUCGCCACCUCCUACACCUCAUCACUCACCAUCGCCUCAUCCUUACCCUUAUUUAUCACCCCCACCACCUCCUUAUCCUGUUCGUGUCCCACCUCCACCACCACCUUGUACAGAACUUCUUCCACCCCCUCCGCAAUCAACACCUUCUCCCACACCUUACCUCCCACCACCAUCCCCAUCUCACCCACCUUAUCACCCGCCACCAUCCCCUUCUCCCUCUCCAACUCCACCGGUUCAAUACAGUUCGCCUCCCCCGCCGCCUCCUCCACCGGCAGUUUCUCAACCGCCACCUGUUGUAUACCAAAACCCACCACCUGCCCCUGUAUAUGAAGGGCCAUUGCCACCCAUAGUGGGACUCCCAUACGCAUCGCCUCCGCCUCCACCCUUUUAUUGAUUCUUUUGAGGACUUUUUCCCUCGUCGGGCAACAAGAGUCACGCUUUUUUUUAUUAUUGCGGCCGUUUCUUCUGUGUUGAUACCCUCGAAUGUCAUGCGACUCUCGUCGCUUAUGAAGGAAACUUCGCAGGAGACAACCACAAGAUCUAGCGAAACAGCUUUUUGUUCUUUAUAUCUAUCGACAAUAGAAACAGAGAAGAGGUUGCAGCAAAACGGGGUUUAUAAGAGGAGAAAUUAAUUCUCUUUCCUUAUUGACUUGAAUUAUUAUGAAUAUUGCAGUCGAGAAAUAAGAAUGGCAGAAAAAGAGUAGGUCGCAGAGCAAAUGCAUGUAUAGGGAUGAAUGGGAGAGCAUAAGUUAUGGCUGCAAAGGCAGUUGCAUUGCAGUUGCACUUUGUGCUGCCGCUGAUGGUUACUAGUGUAUCGUUAUUGUCUCUAUUAUAUCACACUACUUUUAUUUAUUUAUUUAUAAAUUUUGUUUCUUUUGCUUGCUA